GGCUGUGAGAGGGCUGACCCGGGGGCAGGAAGUACCGGCGGCUCCUCCCCUUGCCCUCCCGCUCCCCUCCUUCUCCUCCUCCUCGCUCAUGUCCAUUCCAAGAUGGCCGGGAUCCCUUUGUAUUUUGUGGAUUUGCAGGAUGACUUAGAUGAUUUUGGAUUUGAAGAUUAUGGACCAGACUGUGAUAGCAUGAGGAUAACAGCAUUCUUGGAUAUUCCUGGACAGGAUAAUUUAACUCCACUGGCUCGCCUUGAAAAAUAUGCCUUCAGUGAUAACAUAUUUAACAGGCAGAUUAUUGCCAGAGGUCUUUUGGAUGUCUUUCGAGAUUUCAGUAAUAAUGAAGAAGACUUCCUGACUGUAAUGGAAAUAAUGGUCAGACUCUCUGAAGAUGCAGAACCAACUGUAAGGACAGAACUGAUGGAACAAAUACCUCCUAUUGCCAUUUUUUUGCAAGAAAGUCGACCAAAAUUCCCAACUGCGUUUUUUGAGUACCUGAUGCCCAUAGUAGUGCGAUACCUCACAGAUGUUAACAAUCAGGUCAGAAAGGCAGGUCAAGAAGCACUGCUUAUACUGCUAGAGCAAGAUCUUGUUGCUCAGAUUGACAUUGAGAAUAAGGUGUGUCCAAUUCUGUUGGAUCUCUCUGCUCCUGACAGUGAUGAUGAGUAUAAGGUGGAAGCUGUAAAUAUAAUCUGUAAAAUGGCUUCUGUGUUAAGCAGAACAACAGUUGAGCAUAUGCUGCUUCCUCGUUUCUGUGAACUAUGCAGUGAUGGGAAAUUGUUUCAAGUCCGAAAGAUUUGUGCAGCUAAUUUUGGUGACAUUUGUAAUGCAGUUGGGCAAGAAGCCACAGAAAGAUUGCUGAUUCCCAAGUUCUUUGAACUCUGUUCUGAUAGUGUUUGGGGAAUGAGAAAAGCUUGUGCUGAAUGCUUUAUGGCAGUGUCUUACACCACAUCCCCAGAAGUUCGCAGAAGCAAACUGUCCCCACUGUUUAUCAGUCUUAUUAGUGACACUUGCAGAUGGGUUCGUCAGGCUGCUUUUCAGUCUCUUGGCCCAUUUAUUUCCACCUUUGCAAACCCUUCCAGUGCUGGGCUUUACAUUCGGGAGGAUGGGACACUGAGUAUUCGACCAUCAGUGCAAGAUGGGAAUUCCAGUUCCUGUCAGCCAAGCAACAAUAUUACUUCAGUGUCCUCCAGCACUAAUGCCACCCUGUCCAGUUCAGAACAACCAAUGGAAAUCAAACCAGAAUCAUCGACUGAGGAGGUGGCAGCUGAAGUUAACACAAAACUCCCAGUUGAGAACCUAAAUAAAGAUAAACGGGAAGAAAGCUCAGACUCUUCCAGCUCUGGAGAAGAUGUGUCUCGGUUGUCUCAGGGUGACAAAGUUGCUGGUGUUGUAGAAGUCACAAAGGAUAGCAGUUUUCCUGGAACAAACUCAAAGCUACCAUCUACUGAGGAUGUAUUUAAUACCUUUUUAUACUGGCGCCCUCCUCUGCCUGAUAUAAGUCAGGAUCUGGAGUUGCUUCAGUUCAAGACUGAAAAGCACAAAGAUAGCUGCUCCGUGCCAUGUAAUAACUGCGUUGCUAGCAGUGAAAUUAAAAAAGUUCUAGAAAGCUUACAGGAGCACUUAGAUGAUCCAGAUGUUCAAGCUCAGGUCCAAGUGUUGUCUGCUGCUCUCAGAGCUGCUCAGUUUGAUUCUGUUGGUGACUAUGAGACCAAAAAAAUGGAAGAAAGCAGUGGCAAACUUCAGAACAAAACUAUUUCAGAUGAAACAACUGUUUCAGAUGCUACCUGCAGCCAGAUGGAGGAGGAUGCUUUUUCAUCCCCAACCUCCCAGGGUAACAUCAGUGACCUGUCUGCCUCCAGUGUACUAAAAAGCACAGACUCAGAGGAGCAACACAGUGGAACAAGUGAAUGUUUAAAGAAAGAGCAAGAAAGUAAUCCACAACUUGAAGAUGAAAAAUCAAAAUUACAGGAUAUCAUACCUCAGCCUUUAUUAGACCAGUACUUGUCAAUGACUGACCCUGCUCGAGCCCAGACUGUUGAUACUGAAAUAGCCAAACACUGUGCCUACAGUCUUCCUGGGGUGGCCUUAACACUGGGCAGGCAGAACUGGCACUGCCUGAAGGAUACAUAUGAGACACUGGCCUCAGAUGUACAGUGGAAGGUACGCCGGACACUGGCUUUCUCCAUCCAUGAGCUAGCAGUUAUUCUGGGGGAUCAGCUGACAGCUGCUGAUCUGGUGCCAAUUUUCAAUGGAUUCUUGAAAGAUCUGGAUGAAGUGCGCAUCGGUGUCCUUAAACACCUGUAUGACUUCCUAAAGUUACUGCAUGCAGAAAAAAGGAGGGAAUACCUUUACCAACUUCAAGAAUUUGUAGUGACUGAUAACAGCAGGAACUGGAGGUUUCGUUACGAGCUGGCAGAGCAGCUGAUCCUGAUACUGGAACUCUACAAUCCCAAUGAUGUGUAUGACUACUUAAGACAUAUUGCACUAACUCUCUGCUCCGAUAAAGUUUCGGAAGUUCGGUGGAUCUCCUUCAGACUGGUUGUAGCAAUACUACAAAAGUUCUAUGCAAACAAUGCAAAUGCACUGGGAUUAAAUUUCAUUAAUGAACUUGUAGUGCGAUUUCGUCACUGCUCCAAGUGGGUUGGAAGACAAGCUUUUGCCUUCAUUUGUCAGGCUGUAGUAGAAGAGGAAUGCAUGCCAGUCGACCAGUUUGUUGAACACUUACUCCCCAGUCUUUUAAGUCUUGCUUCAGAUCCUGUGCCAAACGUCAGGGUUCUGCUCGCCAAGGCUCUGAGACAGACCUUGCUGGAGAAAGCUUACUUCAAAAGUGUUGGCAAUCCUCAUCUAGAAGCUGCAGAAGAGACCAUUCUAACCCUGCAGUCUGACAGAGAUCAAGAUGUGUCCUUCUUUGCCACUAUAAAGCUAAAACAGGGUAACAUGGACAAUACCACCAUUGAAAAACAAAGCUAAGGUGUUGUUCAGCAGUAAGCACUGAACAUGAAAAUGGUUAUUCACCUUACAUUUGCAGUUAGUAUGAAUAAUGUGGGCAAAUAAGGUUUUUGCUACCUACUUGAGCUGGAGAAGCUCUGAAAAAUUAUCACCUUUCAUCUGUAGUUGUGUUUGUCUGAUGUGUGUAUUUCCUUUUGGUUAUUUUUCCUUUGUAAAUGAGGGGGAUAACUCUGGUCUUACUUGCAGUUAAGUAUAAUAUGCAAUGUCUUACUCCAUACUCAGUCUUCCAGUGCAACUGGAAUUCAAAUUCCAUUUUUAACAAAAUACUUCCAGUAGUAGAGCAGUCAUCUAUAAGCUUAGUGGUUUCUUAAUCUGAAAACCUGACUGUAGAAAACUGACAAAGAUAUUCUUUCUUUACUUUUAUUGUGGUCUUUGUUUCAAAUAUUCCAUUUCAACUGAAAAAAGUGUAUAUAUGUGAAUAGUUUUUAAUUGUAACAAAAAUCAUGAGCUGUAUCAGUGAAGAAAAACCUCAAAAUAAUUUCACUUUAUGAAGUAGUUACUCUGCUAGAAAUAAGGCAUGGUUCAUUGUUGCUUACUGUGAUAUUUUUCAAAGCACAGGGAGCUCAAGAUCCUUUGUAUAUUGUGAUUUUUUUUUUUAUUAGUUAUUUCUGAGCUAUGACCUCACAGGUAUUAACAUAUCUGUUUAUUACUGUUGGCUCUGCUAGUGGUAGGUAGACUGUUAAUUUCCCAAACUGAAAAUUCCUCAUUCUGCCCAAGCAAAGUUCACUUCCUUUAAGGGAUUCAGUUCCUGGGAUGUGCUGUCUCUGUAGAAGGGUAUUACAGAAUUAUACAGACUUAAGUGUUCUGUUUGUUUGUAUUUUUUGUGCCUCAUUUGAAAAACACCUUUUAACUGGUCCAGCAUUCAAAUCCUGAACAGCCUGCUACUUUGUUCCUAAGAAACAGGGAAGCUAGAAAUUAAAAACCAAACCAAACCAAAAAAAACCAAAACCCCAACCCAAAAAGCAAAUGUCAGGGGAAAGGUGUUGAUGCAGUUUGCUCUUUAACUUCUUUUGGUUGCAUGGUUAAAUCUUGGGCAAACAGUAAAUGAGUGUUACUGAAAUCCCUAGGUUUAAGUGAGAUGUCCUCUGUGUACUUAAACAGUAUUCAGGUGUUUUAGAAGAACCAGAAUAUACAGAUUCUGGUUGAUUAACAGAACAAGGUUCUGUUAAUAAAAUUAGAUGGCUUCUGAACAGUUUAAAAAUUAUAAAGCUAGGGGGUUUUUUGGUAGAUCCUGUCUUCUGGUAUGUCUCAAAUUGGAAGAUAAUGUGGGGCCUGGAAAAAAAGUAGACUUAGUUUAGAUUGAGGGUUGGAUGCUUGUGUUGUUCAAAAACUGAUGCUUAAAUACUGAAGAAAUAGCUUCAUAUAAUAAGUUACUUUCUCUCUGUGAACACAAUACUUUAGCAUAAAUAGAUCUGUGUCAAUAUUUCCCCUUACUUUGCUGUUAUACUAGGACGUAGUUCACAUGGGUGAAGUUUUUUACAGAAAUUACUUUUUUUGUUGUUAUUUUGUUUUCAGUCUGGCUUGUCUGCAAUACAGUGAGUUCCUUGGUUGUGUUCUGUAUUCUUGGAGGGCUCAGUUUUGUAUCAGUUUGUUUAACUAGUCUUGUAUUAUAACAUGUACAGUAUUUGUAACAAAUUGUUUGCAUGUGAGAUCACAAAAUGGGUUUUGGAAGCUGCAGGCAGAAACAGACCACUGCUAUCACUGCUAUUACAGCAAACAGUAUAAACUCUGUAAAUUCUGCAACAUUCUACAUUUAUUUUUUACGAUUUUUUUAUAAUUUAAAACAAAUACUUCUUCAGUACAGUUUUUUACAAUUGCUAUUUCUUAACAAAAAGACCUCUCGAGUUAAUUUUUUCUAAUUCUAAUAACUUUUUCUAAUGCUGGCAUUAUACUGGUUUUUCUAACAGUUCAGAUUUUCUAAGGCAUUUCUGACAAGGUUUUACUUCUGUUUUUUAUUGAGUUCAUUAAAUUUCUCAGCACUGAACAAAUUUUUUAAGUGUGUGUAUAUGUAAGUAUGUUUGAAAUGUAUAUAAAUUAAAUACUUUUAACGUUAACCUAACCCAAGGUUCUGUUGGUCAGGUAAUGUGAAAUAAUUACCUUCAAUUGCAAUAAUCCACUGGAAAACACAAGUUGCUAUACAUUUUAGAUUGGUUAGUGUUCACUAAGAGCUUUUAAUUAGGAUAUGUGUAAACACUAAGCUACCAGCUGUAAAAGUUCACUGAAAGGCUAAACAAAGUUGUCUUUUUUUGUUUUCCUUUAACAAUGUUUUGGCACCUCACUGGCUCCAGAAAUCACGUCUGCUUUAAAUGAUAUUAUUUCAGCAGAGCAUUUAAGAACUUCUCUUUAACACUCUCCAGUUGCAUGCACUAAUAGGGGACGUCAUAGUUUUGGGGUGGGUGUUUUUUGUAGACAAUAUGCAAGUCUAUUAAACACAUUUACUCUCUACAGGGUUUGUCUCUUUGGUUCAGUUUUUAAACUAGAAAUUAUUUCAGCAUGACUAAAGACUGCACUUUACGUCUUGUACUAGACAAAUGUAUGCAAUGAUGAGCAAAGCAGUGAGUUCACAUACAGUUCUCUGGGUUGUUUAAAUUAUGCAAAAAUAUGUAUUUUAAAAAGCCAGAUGGUGCAAAGUUAGGUAGUUGAUUGACUUUCAUGCCAGGAGUAGGAAUACAAAUUUGGAACAUUUCUAGCUAAGGAACAUUAUUUUCAUGUUAGUGGGUGCAAUAUUGCUGGGGUGCUGUAGGAAACAGUCAAGCACUUGCAGUCCAGAGCAUGUCAGUCGUGUUGCUUAGAAUUCAGACUCACUGGUAUCUCGUGUAUGAUGUACACUUGGCAUUGGUUGGGAUGCUGCCCUAGUGCUGGUUUGGUCUGUACAGUGUUGUUUAGAACCCAAUUAAGUGAGGACACUCUGGAAGUGUCAUUCAUUUGUCAGAAUAGAGAAUCUAUGUAACUUUGUAUUUAUCUCAAUAAAUCCUGUGACUGUUUUAUAAACUAA